AUGAAUAUCGAUUCGCAGCCGAGGCAAACUGGGGGCUCUUCCGGGCUGCGGAGGCGCAGCACCAGUUUCAAGGCGACCGACCUGUCACCGAGAAUCAACCUCGGCCCCCUGAUCACAAUCUUCAAACCCCACGUCGACGUCGUCCGCAACCUCAACAAGAACACGGGACGCAGCCUCAAGGCCCUCUCUGAAAAGCACGACUUCCUCAUAUUCCAAGACGGCAGACCCGUGGACAUCGGAAACAACGGCCUAAAAACCUGGCGAUGGAGCGCCUACACCGCGCGCUGCGCCGGCCUGGCCAGGAGGCACCCGGGCUCCAUGUUCGGCUCCAUCCUCGCCGGCCGUGGUGGAAUCGAUGCUCCCGAGGCCACAGGCGGCCGCGGCGGAAGCGCACCGAAAAGGCGGGCUGGGAGGCAUACGAGAACCGGCCGGGCCAGGGCUGUGCCUCUACUUGAAGUGAGGUGA